GUUUGAAGCCACUUCCUACCUCACACCCACCAACAGUCUUUCGUUCAACACCAGUAAGAACCACUCCCUCAACACAUCGACGACUUCUUCCCUACAUAUUCCAAGUCUACAUUUCAAGAUGCGUUACACUUCCGUUGUGGUCGCCGCGGCCAUCGGUCUGGUCUCCGCCCAGCAAGACUGCCAGGGCAUUUACAAGGCAUGUAUCGCCGCCGGCACUCCUGAGGUCGUGUGCCAGUGCAGCUCUUACAGCUGCUCUGGUGAGGACUCUGCUCGUCUCCGUGACUACUGUGCCACUGCAACCGCCGGCCUGGCCCCCGUCACGGGCACCAUUCCCCAGCCUUCCGGCGCUCCUCAAGUCAAUGCUCCCGCCGGCUCUGUGGCUCUCGGAGGAAACUGCGGUGCCGAUGAGCAGUGCAGCGGUGGCGCCCAGUGCUUCGGCACCACUGCAGGCACCAUCCGCACAUGCGGCAGCUUCAACGCCAAGUGCUCUUCAGACAGCCAGUGCGCAACCAACACAUGCCAGGACGGAAUCUGCAGCGGUUUCAAGCCUUCGAGCGUGUCCUCUCCUAUGGCCCAGCCUACCUACGCUUGCAACCCAGCUCACCAAUACCCCGAGGGACAAAUCUGCGCCACUGUCAGCGGAACUCUCGCUCUCAUCACCACCACCGGCACUGGUGCUAUGCCCCAGCCUACCUACGCUUGCAACCCAGCCCACAAGUACCCCGAAGGACAAAUCUGCGCCACCGUCAGCGGAACUCUCGCUCUCAUCACCACCACCGGCACUGGUGCUAUGCCCCAGCCUACCUACGCUUGCAACCCAGCCCACCAGUACCCCGAGGGACAAAUCUGCGCCACCGUCAGCGGAACUCUCGCUCUCAUCACCACCACCGGCACUGGUGCCAUGCCCCAGCCUACCUACGCUUGCAACCCAGCUCACCAGUACGCACCUGGACAGGAGUGCGCCACCGUCAGCGGAACUCUUGCUCUCGUUACCACCACCGGCAAGGCACCAUACGUCUACCCCACCAUGUCCGGUGUCACCCCCGUCGGCCCUGCCCCAACUGGCGCCAUGCCUAUGCCUCCUGGGCCACCAAUGGGCGGAAACAACACCACCCCCGGUGGUCCCACCCCAUACACUGGCGGUGCCUCCUCCAUCGGCGCCACUCUCAGCGGUCUCGCAGCUGUCGUUGCUGGUGUCGCCGCCUGGGCCUUGUAAACUCACCAACUACAAUCUGACAUUCCUGUUGUCGUUGGUGGUGGUCGUGGUUCCGGUGUCGAGGAGAGAUGAGAAGAAGACCCAGUGGUGGUGUUGGUGGCGGUGGUGGUAGUUGUUUGUGUGUAGAAAUAUUAGCACAGUGUGACCCAAUGCAUUGUUGGCUUGUGAGCCGAGUCCGAGCCCGAGCCCAAAAAAACGACAAAAAAGCAUACACGCAGCAUGAUGUGAUUUAGCGCUUCAUAGCAUAUGAUGAGAGAGAGAGAGAGAGAGAGCGAGAGAGAGAUUCCCCCGCCGUGUGGGUAGUAGAUACACACACAUACCGCAGAUAAUGAUUAAUCCAGAAA